AAAAUCACUGCAGAUGGUGAUUGCAGCCACGAAAUUAAAAGACGCUUACUGCUUGGCAGAAAAGUUAUGAUCAACCUAGACAGCAUAUUAAAAAGCAGAGAGAGAAGGCAGCGGUGGCGGCAACGACAACGGCCGCUCUGGAGGCCGCAGUCCCGGUCCUGGCUUCGGCCCCAGCCCCACCAUGGUGACGCUCGCUGAGCUGCUGGUGCUCCUGGCCGCCCUCCUGGCCACAGCCUCGGGCUACUUCAUCAGCAUUGACGCGCAUGCAGAGGAGUGCUUCAAGUGGGUCACCUUGGGCACCAAGAUGGGCCUCAUCUUCGAGGUGGCCGGGGACGGCUUCCUGGACAUCAACAUGGAGAUUACAGGACCUGAUAAUAAAGGAAUUUGUAAAGGAGACCGGGAGUCCAGUGGGAAAUACACAUUUGCUGCUCACAUGGAUGGAACAUAUAAGUUUUGUUUUAGCAAUAGGAUGUAUACCAUGACUCCAAAGAUAGUGAUGUUCACCAUUGAUAUUGGGGAAGUCCCCAAAGGACAAGACAUGGAAACAGAAGCUCACCAGAACAAGCUAGAAGAAAUGAUUAAUGAGCUCGCAGUGGCGAUGACAGCUAUGAAUCAAGGAGAGGAAUACACGGAAGUUCGAGAGAGAAUACACAGAGCAGUCAAUGGCAACACAAACAGCAGAGUGGUCCUUUGGGCCUUCUCUGAAGCUCUUGCUCUAGUUGCCAUGACAUUGGGACAGAUCUACUACCUGAAGAGAUUCUUCAAAGUCCGGAGGGUUGUUUAAAAGCCUUUUCCCCAUAAUCCCAAAUUCAUAAUUCACUGUUUACCA